UCCGCCAUCAACUUCCGGUGAUGGAUCGAGUUUGUCUUUUUCUGCUGGUUGCAUCAUUUUCUGCGUUUUCUUCGCUGUUUUGUUUCCGGCCGCCGCCAUGAGUGAGCGUGAAUUAUCACGUGACUCCCGAUCAGCUGGUUGUCGCUGAUUGGCCGAAAGAACAGGCCGGCAACCAAUAGUGUCGCUUCUCCUUGACAACUGGCGUGCGCUCGGCAACAACAAACGUAAAAAAAAUAUCGUCGCCUCAGCUGUGCUGCUACGGGCGGUGUUGUUGUUGGCUGGCCGGCCGUUGGGAACAAGAGAACCUUGUCGCGUUAUUUUGCGUUCGAUUCGCGUUCCUUAAAUGCUCUUUGCGUGCCACUGCUGACCAGCGUACAACCAGCUACGAACCUUGGAAAUUGGCCCUACCGCACCUCCACUUGGCCGUUGUGUGCAAGACGAGUGGUGUUCGUGUUGAGCCAUGCUGAGUGGCAUUGCCAGCUACUUCCUCAACGCCCCCACCCCCACGGCGGAUGAUGAGCUCAGCUACCGAACCAUGGAAGCCGAGGACGACUGGCUCCUCGUGGACGUCGCAGAAGGCGACGAGGCAAGGCUGGAGCCCAGCCCGCAGCCCGAGGAGGCGUGCAUGGAGCGCAGCAGCGAGGCUGCAGCGGAGGGUCCCCGCUCGCUGCCUGCCCUGCUCUUUGUUGGAGUCGUCGACUCGUCUGCAUCUUCUCCCACGGAGGUGACACCUCCCUCCAGCCCCUGCCCCAUGGAUGGCAGCUGGUAUGUGACACCACCGCCGUGCUUCGUGGCACGGCGUCCCGUGCACCUGGAGACUUCGCCACUGGAGAACCUGCUCAUCGAGCACCCCAGCAUGAGCGUGUAUGGGCCCUGUCCGAGGGCCGUACCCGCAGCGCUGCGCAAGUCUCGGGGACUCGGCGCAGCGCGAAAGGAUGGCGAAGCGGAGAGUCAGCCGGCACUGCAGUCACCCGUGGUGUCCGUGGCAGCGCCUGAAGGUCACGCCGCCCAGGUGCUGACGACCGGGAGGUCGAUGCCGGGUCCCCGGCCCUCUGCCCUCGCAGCCAGGGCAGGCUGGCAGGAGCAGCUAGAAGCACUGCGCCCAGGUCAGCGUGCCCAGGUGCAUCGGGAGCAGCGCCACUUGCGGCGCUCCCAGCUGGAGCGGCAGAACCGUACGGCGCAGGCGGGCAACCACCACCCCAAGCGCCGUGACCGGGUCGCCACACGGCGCUCGGGGGCCAACAACAACCGCAAGUGCUGCUGCUAACCCCGAGCACAGCUGACUUAGAACACCCACGGAAAGGAAAGCAUGCGUUUGUACCAGGGACAUGUCGAUUUUGUUUCCCGAACCUUCCUCUUUCUUUUAGGGAAGAUGCAAGAGUGCAGUUGUGUGCAUUAAACUGCUUGCCUCCGAUAGCUCGAGCCCAGUGUAAAACCACACAGCGAGAGGACAUUUUAUCCUGCCCUCAUGUUUGGGACGACUGGGAAAGCAUGCAACAAACGUGACGAUCUCAAGGGCGUUGUACCUGUGCCGUGUCACAGUUCGUGGUAAACAUUCUUAAUAUUCUCCAAGGGUAAACAGGGAAACCGAAAAGUUGCGUGCUGGAGACAAAGGGGGGGUCAUAUUCUGCAUGUUUUGGAGCAUUGAAACCAUAGCAGAGUGCUGUGCAUUUGGUGGUACGGCUCUUGAUAAUGAAAAAGGUUUCUGGUUGAAGGGUAGUUUUGAUUGCAUCCUGUGGAAAACAAAGUCUUUAACCUUGAAAGUCUGCUUUGGGAGAUGAGGCGCAUUGUCGCUUGGGUACGAUAGGAAAAGUGGAUGCGGGUAAAUUAAAUUUCGAAAGUAGUAUGUAAGCCCCGAGCCGCCAUGCAAUGAAGGAAUCGAUUCCGAAGAUAGUCACUCCUGGAGAACAAGUUACAAAGCUUUUCCCUAAACUUUUGUGUAUUCGGUUAACUUUUUGUUUGAGCACGUCACUGUCCCAAUGACUUAUUUUAAUUUCACAUUGGGCUUGGUGUCCGUGUGACUUCUUCAUCCCCCAGUUAACUCGGUGGCAAUGCUGAUUAGUUAUAGUAGUGGUACUUUGGGUGUCACUUCAGCAAAUUGGGGUCAUACAGAAUGUAUGCUGCAGCAGCAUUGGAGCUUACAUGCCCAAUUCUGUUGGCAGGCAAGCGUAAAUGGCUGCCUGUGUAACAUGCAUGGACACAUUUAGCUCGACCCCAUUGCUUUAACUUUUCUGUUAUUGUCUCAAUGUGGCUAGGAGACAUGAAACGCCAGGAGCACAGAAACACCUUAUACAAUGGGUCUUCAGUUUUUGUUUGAGGAAUUGACAGAAUUUAGAACUGAAGUCUUUUUUGUUUUGUAAUGCAGCAUUCUAGCUUGGUGGUUUUGUUGCAAAUUUUUGGGGGGAUGGGAAAGGGGGGGGGGGGGGGGGGGGGGGGGAAGGAGUCUACAGAGAAGAGGAAGUCAUCUGAAAGUUUUAUUUUAUCCAAUUCACUCUUGUGAGAAUUACUUUGCACACAACAAAGUUUCUCAUAGUCAAUGUUUUACCAUUCGCCCAUUUUUGUUCUAAACAGUCUGCCGUUAUAAACAUCAUCGGCAUACCUUUCUUUUAUAGUGUUCUAUAUGCAAGCCCAUCUCUUGUUGUCAAAUGCUGAUCUUACACUCAAAAUGAAGAAAAAACAAAAAACAAAAUAAACAUUAAAACAAAAAAAAAAAAACACAAAAAACAUGGUACCAUUUUCUAGGGUUGCUCGUUAUAUGUGCACAUAAAAAACAAAACAAAAAAAAUUGCAAGAAAGAGUGUGUGGUGCUUAUCCCUUUUAAUCUUGCACACUUAGGAGGCCAAGAGAAAAAAAAAAGUAGUUCCAAGAAAAGAAAAGGCAAAAAAAGGAAGAAAAAUGUCAAAAAGCACAACAAAAGUCAUAAAAGAGUGAAAAAAACAAAAAAAGCAGCAACUUUCAGGUGGCUUUUUUCGUUUCCACUUGGUUCUUUCUUUAAAUACAAAGAAAGAGCUGUAGCUGCGCCACAGACGUGUGCACCGUGAAGUGUAAAUAGUAUGGAUGUUCUUUUUUAAUAUAUAUGUUCUAAUUCCUUAAGUUUGCUUUUGCACUGCCACCACCGAAAAAUGUGACUACCCAACUAAAAACGGCGUCUUUGAAGCUCCCCAAAUUUAAGACUACCCCAAGUUUUCAGUCUUCAGAAAACAGAGACAUUGCCCCGACAAUUGUUGGUUAGAACUGGGAUUUGCUCAUUGCAACAGCCACUGGAGACACAUUAGCUCUAUUUCUGCAAUAUGCAUCAUUCCUUAAAAAGCUGCACUUGCACGGGUUGUAUAAUGAUAAGGCUGGUUUAUAAUUUUAGGGCACAUGUAGAAUUUUAAGACCAGGCUCAUGCUACAAUGACAGUACACAAACUCGUAUUGAAGAAAAAAAGUACAAGAAUUCCCAUUUUUUCAUUCAGCUCAGCACUAAUAAAUAUGGAACAUAACCAAAGGAGCGAUGGAUUGCAUGGAUUUCUCAUGGUAUUCUCAGCGUGUGGUGUGUGCAUGUGGACUGGCCAGAAAGGCCAACAAAAGAGUGCAUUUCAUGUUAACUUUUGUUCUUCGAUUCUUGUGUUGUGUGCAACCAUCUAGUUUCAGUGGAAUUAGAAGGUUUGCAAACACUAUGUUCGAAGUGCUCCUGAACUUCUGGAGCCAUGUAAAUACAGAGUCGCAAGAGCGUUUACUAGAAAAAUCGGAAGCUGUUGGUUAGAACAAAGGUUCCCAGACCAGAGACAUGGUGAAUGUAUUUUGUUUAUCCUAAUCCGUCCCAGCAGAGGUUUUAGCUUGUUUUAUUUCGUCUUAUUUAACUCGCGCCGUCUUGUUCCCAAUUGAGUUGGGACAAGACCUUUAAUUUAUGCAUUGUCUUAGGCCUUGCAGUGUGGUAAAGGCAAGCUGCCACGUGUGAAUGACAAAGCCCGUUUGUGUGUGUAUCUGUGCAUUCAUGUGCAUAGAGUAUAUUAUGGCAUGAGUAAUGUUUAUUGCACGUGUCUCGGUGCUUUCCACCGCAGGCUCUUGCACUAUGUAGCACUAGCUUUCACAAUCUGCGUCUCGGCGUCUGGACGCUGAACUUAAGAUCUCAGCAGCAAAGUGAAAACCUGGGCAUGCAGCACUGCUCUUGUUUCCCCGCCCUCCCGAUUCGCCACCGGUGCGCGAUGGUGCAGUAGUUCUUAGAAACCCAUUGCAAACUGUGCAUCCUGUUGGCCCAGCAGUGUAUAGAUAUUACCCUCCGACUUCAUCCAGACACCCCUGUGAACUCUGCACAGAGAAGUGUUACAUUUGCCACCAUCUUUAGUUGUACAUAUUGUAUAAAGAGGAGGGCAAGGAAGCAACCAAAAGUCUAGUCUGUAUAACUUGGGAGGGCAAAGGCAGAAUAAUAGCAACAAUGGCAGUGCUCAAGGAGAAAACAAAAGGCCGAAAGCUUUUAACCAUACAACCCAAGCCACAUAACUAUACCGACACGAUACUGCCAUCGAGACACUUUUAUGAUUUUUGACAAGCUUGGAAUGUGGCAUCAUGGUAUUUUUGCUCACACUGCCAACGUGUUCAAGUUACCCUACAAGUGUCAGCUAAACGUGGCCGGCAACAAGCGUCGUCCAUGUCUAUAGUAUGUGACAGGUCAAGAACGAAGUGGAAGCUCCUUCCACCUCUCUCCACUUUAGCAGAGUGAACUCUGGACCGGGGGGUGACCUCCUCUCCAGCGUUCGCUCUGCUAAAGUGGAGAGAGGUGGGAGGAGCUUCCACUUUGUUCUUGACUUGUUGCAGACUAUAGCUCUCAUGCUUGACUGGAAGACCUUUGGCAACCUUCACAGCAACCUUGAAAGGAUGUCGGUGGUGUUGGGGCUGCUAAAACUUUAGGGUGUUGGAGUGCACCUGUGGUGGCUUUUCUUGGGAUUCAAGUUGUGUCGUGCUGUUGCUCUGGCCAGACCUGAGGCAGACUGCUUUUUGGUUCGGGACAGGUCAUUUUAUCCUCGGUGAUGUUGGCAAGUCGCCACAGCUGCGCAAAUCCAUGGGAAAUAGUGCAACAAUUGAAGGGUUCAAAGCAGAGCAGUUGUUGGACAACUUUUUUUUUCUUCUGUUUGCUGAAAAUAAUUUGUGUUAACAGUCUCACCUCUACCCUUUCGAUUGGUAUGUGAAUGUGGCAAUAUCAAACCAGACAUUUGGGGCACUUCCCAUGGGUAAGAUUUGCAUAGAAAUACUCUUUUUGUAUGUCGACUAGAAAGGUCUUCCUGUGAAAACACUCGUUCGAAGAGUUUGGAACGUGGUCGUGAAGUUCUUGCCGAGCAGUAACUGUGACUGUCAGUUUGUCGAGAAUGCACGUAGAAGCUGCCCAGUGUAACCUACCAGCUGUUGCCACACCGUGUCGCUGGUAGAGCCCCACAAAGUCUCCCCACUAUGCAUCUGUCGUGUGGGCGGUGUCGCCUGAAUGUAACUAGGAUGAAUGGCUGUCUUCUUUCCAGUAGCGACUGUGAACUGUAAAUUGUCGACGGAGCUCGAAAACAGCACUGUCCGAGAAAACAAAGUGGACAGGAUCGAGCAUGUACUGUGUGACUGUUAUUUAUAAAUUGACAAAACACAAAUUCUUGCACCGUACUAGUAACAUUUAUAGACGCACCACAUGGGAAGUUGAGAAGAAAAAAAAGUAUGUUCAAAAUAAAAUUCAUUUUAAUUA